CCAGGAUUAUUGACGAAUGGAGCCCAAGGGGCAGAUCGCGUGACCGACUAAUGGUGUAAGACACGCAACAAAAUGGAAAGACGAGACGAGCUGCACCGUCAUGGUUGCAGUAUCGCUAAGCAGACCAUUUUAACAACUCAUCCUAGUGGCUUACAAACCAGAGUCUCCGUUGAACUUGCCAACUUUGACGCAUUAUGCGUUCACUCGGAAUGCAGGUCCAAAAAACCUACUUGGGAGAGUCCUUUUUUGGGCCGGCGUGGUCUUCUGGGUGGAGUUUCUGCGAAUGUGACACCUGUAUUGGGAAGAAGGAGCGAUGCUGUGAACGAGGGCAGGUUGUCGCAGCAAUGCACUCCUGUGAUGAGGCGAAGAGAGCUGGAAAGUCCAGGUGGUUCCCCACUCCCCGCGAGGAGGGAGAUGGAAGGAGAAGGUUGUGAUGUUGAUAACAGUGUCAUCAGCGGAUGGCUUAAAUUCCGAGACAAUAAAAGGUGGAAAUCGCGCUGGGGAGUCGUCACAAAAUUAUCUCCCGCUGCAGAUUGUUUGCAUUUGCAGUUAUAUCGAGACCCUAAGGACCGAUUCAAAAAAGGACAAACAAAGGCAUCACUCUCACUCCAACACUUUCUCGGAUUUGAAUCGGGGUUUACACUGGACAAGGAAUCAAAUACUAUUGCAAUAAUUUGCCAAGAUGUGAUAGUAGUAUUAGCAUUUGAAACGCGAGAAAGAUUGAUUUCUUGGCAAGUAAAAGUUGGCGGGCAACUUGGUUCUUCUAAGGAAUUUUUGGUAAUAAUCGGAGGAGGUGGAUCAAAAAAGUUACUGGCUGGGCCUGCGAGAUUACAUCUUCAAGGAAGAAAGUUUGCUUUAACAAGCGGCGUUCCACCGAGAAUUUUAGGUUUAUGGGAGCUGGCACAUUUAAGGCGGUAUGGCGUGGUGGAAGGAAGAUUUUGUUUCGAAGGUGGUUCGCACUGUGGUAAAGGUGAAGGACUUCAUAUGUUAAUUACAGACCAAGCCCAAGACAUCACAGAUGCUUUCGAUCAGGCAGCUCAACGAAAUAUUACACCUCGAACACCAAGAGGACAAGAUCGAGACUCAAAGUCACGUCCCAGCACAAGAUUAUCCGACUUUAAUACUCUGGAGCAUUCAUUACAAGAUGGUGGAAGUGCUCUGUAUGAAGAAAAUUAUUUUGGUGAAGAUUGCAGUGAAACUUCAGCAUUCUGGCCUUCUUCAGAAAAGCGAGAAUUCGAAAAUUGCGAGAAUAGACCCGACACGGAUAUGAGUGCUAAACCACCGUGGAGUGGAGCUGAUCACAUAACUCUAGAACGAUGCAGUAAUUGUUUAACAAAACUUGGAGCUGUGUCCAGGUGUUCUACGGUAACGUUAAGACCAGAAGCAAAUUUCAAUCCCGCAUGGACGAUGGAAGCCUUACACGAAAGUGGUUCAGAGAAAUCCUCUAAUAGUAGCGAAUACUCAACUACAAACUUGACGAAAAAUCUUCAAAGUUCUUGUGAUUGUAAAGAUCAACCACCAAAAAGACCACCAAAACCUCAACACUUGGAGCAAAAAGCACAAAAUACAUGUGUUCCGUUAUCAACUAAAGAAACGAAUCCCAACACAAAUCCAAAAGUAGGUCCAUAUGAAAACUAUGAUGUCCCAAAGAUGUCAUACGCCAAAGAUAGUGAGUUUGAAAAUUCGGAAUAUUAUGAUACUCCAAAAAGAAUAAAGAAAGCUUUAGCUGACGAUCUAUUUCGAGUUACUAAAACUUCUUCACCAGACUCGUUGGUACUUAAGAAAAACUGUGGAUGUAUUCUUAAAUUUGGUUCUAAAAAGAAGCCUCUUAUUGUAGAAAGUGAUGAAAAUCUACCAUCAGCUGACUGUCCAUGUCAAAAAGUCACUAAUUGGGCUAAUAAUUUGAUUAGUCUUCCUUACUGCAGAAAAAGUACAAAAGAAGAAAACAAUGAUAAUGUAUUAUUAAUUAGCAAUCAAAUCAACGAUACUGCUAUUUAUGCAACUGUAGACAUUUCAAGAAAAAUGAAUAGGCGAAUCAGUGCGACGCAGCAGGAGAAUAAUUCAGAUGGAUCGAAUGAACCAAUUUCCACUAAUUAUCAAAAUUUGGAGCCAAAGGAAGAUAAAGAUUUUGAAGGUCCAUAUGCAAACUAUGAGAAUCUUGAGUUUGCUCUGUCUUUGGAAUAUUAUGAGAAUGCUAAAGACUUAUUGAAAAAGGCUGGGGUUACUCAGAGCGAAUUAGAUGCUUUAAGUUCUAAUUUGGACUUAACUGGAACUGCACUACCUAUCAAACCUCGGUUAUGUUUAAAAUGUGGUCACUGUAAGUCAAUCACACAUGAAAACAAAAAUAAAAGUGACGAAUAUUUACUUAUGGAACCACCAAGUGAAGUCACCAGCAUAAUGGUGAAAAAAACUCUAGGAAACAAUCCUGGGUACACGCCCAUGUCUCCAAACCCCAACUGGUCACAAAGUUUACGGCAUCCGAUUAUAAAAUUGAAUCGUACUGAAAUAGAAAAAUCCUUUAGCAUACCAACAUUGAAUAGAAAUAAAAGCUAUGAUGUUGGUAAUGAAGUAAGUAAAGAAACUAUUCAAAAGCGAUCUUGUUCCGUAGAUUCAGCUAGACUCCUUGAAGAUUUAAAAGAAUUUGAUAGUAGUAUAGGAAGCCAUGCAACAUCAUCCUCGUUGGAAACUUUAAGGAAUCUGGUAUUAGAAAAUCGCCUUUCCAUGAAUUGUGAUAAAGACCGAGAAUGUUAUGAGUGUUGUAAAUCAUCGGGGUCUGAUAAUAAAACUUCUGAAGAAAGUCCCUCCAAAGAAAUGCCUCACUUACGUAACAAGCAUAUGGAUAAUGCUGCUAUAAAGCGAUCUUCCAGCGUACCUUGCAAAGGUGGAAAUAGAGAUUCAUCAAGUUCGAAUGAUUCAGGAGUUUCGAGUUGUUCACUGAAACAUGGUGGCGAAUUUCAAGAAUUUGAAAUGCCUUUAACGUCAAUGCAUUCACGUUAUCAUUACAUAGUUCAAAAAAGAUUGCGAGGUAACUUAUCAGGAUCCAUACAUUCAUCACUGCCAAGAAAAUCAAAGUCCUCAGAUCCUUUGAGAGACCAGCCCAUGCAAAUUCAUAAAAAUAAUGCAUCUGGCAAGUCAUCUUCUGCGGAGGCCGAAGUUCCUAUUUUACCUCCGAAACAGUUCAAAGGCGUUUUAGAUACUCAUAGUACUUCGAGUGGCACAUCCGACAUGUCGGAUUAUAUUGAAACGUUAUCAUUGACUUCUUCACAUUCAUCGUCUGAUAAUCCUAGUGGUAUGAGAAUAAAUCGACAACCAACGAAUACGUUGCGGCCCCGAUCUGGAAAGGAAUACCAUAAUUUGGAUCCAAUAUUAACAUCGAUGUAUAAAAAUGGAAAAGACUUAAAUAACUAUACGAAUCUGCCAUGAAAUGUAUUACGUUUUAUAGAAAUUAAAAACUUCAAACAGAACUUUGUACAAUUAAUGCAGGUUACAUUAUGUACACCUCUCAUUGAAUUGCGUAAGGUUGGAUGAAUCGGUGAUGUAAUUGAGGCAACUUUGAAUUUUUUGUUAGGAUGAAAAGUUUUAAUGUUUGUGUUACUAAGUUAGAUUCUGAUAAUAAAUUGAUCUCCAAACUAUAAUUAAUUUUGUGACGCAUAAGACUGACUUUGCAUUUUGAUAUUUUUUUCUAGUCAUCAUAUUUAUUUUAUGUUUAAUGUUAAACCAUCUUCUUGUAGUGUACUUGUCUGCACAAUCUUCCGAAGAUAAACUCUUGUUACUUUUACUCAAUUUUCAAUUAUUAAUUAAUAAUAUAUCUAUUUACAUAAAAUCCUACAUUUUCCCUGUAAAGUACCCUAAAAUCAAGCUCCUUUUUAAUUUCAAAACUUUACAUUAAAACACUUAAAUUUGUUCUUAAAACCUAAAUUUAAUUUUUGUUUGUGUUUUGUGCGAAUAUAACGGAAUGUAAUCUAUCUGACGAUAUGUUGAUGCGGAUUAAAAGAAAUAUAAUCGUUUUAGGAAUGCUCUUUGCACAUACACGCUGAAAUCAUUAAAAUCUGUGAAGAGUUACAUAUAUUGUAAAUGUCAUGCCCGCUAAUAAAGUGUCAAGUUUAUCGUGUACCUACAUACCAGUAGUUGUUUCGCUAGCAUGUACCCAUCCGUACAGAGUAUCCUCAAGUUACCU